AAUCGGACAUACAAUUCGAAUUCCGUAGGCAUCAGACAGUUACGGCGAUUCAUCACGACUUGUAGUGCAACGAUGUUCUUCCGAACUGUACUAUUAAGUAUACCAUUAUAACAUUAUAAUAAAAUAUUUUAAUCGACGAAUGCGUGUUUAAUUUAUGAAAAUAUUUGAGUGGUCAUUGAAUUUACAGAUUCCAAAAUGAAAACGACUAUGUUCAAAGUCUUUGCGUCGUGCAUUGUGGUAGUAUGCCUCACGUCAUCAGUAUCUUCGAGGGUUACUCCACAGGUUCUGGAAUCGAUUGCGGUUACGAUCGACGAGAGUCCGAUCAUAGAGAAACACUCGGAUAAACAACACGAACAACAUGAAAACCUCGUUGGGCUGAAUGCUGUGGAUCUCAAACCUUACGAUUUCAAGUUAAUCGCAAAAGAAGAGUUGCGGAAACUGACGAUAACGGUAAAUGAACCGAUGGUGUCUCACCGACAGCGUAGAACUUUCGACCCUGAAUUAGAAGAGCGCCUAAGGAAAGAGAUCGAGAACGACGACACUACUCUUUCUGUUCCUUUUGAAUCGAAUGACGCUGUUCCUGUAAACCCGCCAAACUCGAACGAUCUUAAGAACUCUCAAGAGCAGGAGGACGAACAUAUCUAUGAGCUUCCAGAGCCACGGGGUUCUUCCGAGGAAGAUAAUCCACAAGAGUCCAACGAAUCCAGUGGUCCACAAGAGUCUAACGAAUCCAGCGGUCCACAAGAAUCCAACGAAUCCACUGGUCCACAAAAGUCCAACGAAUCUACCGGUCCACAAGAGUCCAACGAAUCUACCGGUCCACAAGAGUCCAACGAAUCCACCGGUCCACAAGAGUCCAACGAAUCUACCGGUCCACAAGAGUCCAACGAAUCCACCGGUCCACAAGAGUCCAACGAAUCCACCGGUCCACAAGAGUCCAACGAAUCCACCGGUCCACAAGAGUCCAACGAAUCCACCGGUCCACAAGAGUUCAAUGAAUCCGGCGAUCCUCAAGAAUCCUAUGAGUCCAAUGAUGUGGAAGAGUCCGAAGAGAACACCGACGAUUCUUCUUCCCUUGACAACGAUGACGAUAAUACAGAUAAGUUAGGACCUAGGCCUCCAUUACUAAGAACACAAUUUUAACAACUAUAAAUAAUCCAUGUAUUAUUAUAAUAUGCACUUUUUGGAUUGUCAUCUUGAUUAUAAUUAACUUAAUUUUAAUAAUAAUAAUCGGCCCUUGGAUAAAAUGUUUUACCCAUAUAGUAUUAAUAAUUUUUAUAAUUUAUUAAUAAAUUAACCAUUUUUAAAGAAUAAUUUAAUUUUCUAUGAAUUUUAUAUUAUACAUUCCAAUUAAAUGUCUUGUAGCUUAUAUUAAAAGUAACAGCAUUUUUUAUUAUUGUCUGUGGGAUUCGUUAAACCUAAUAUGCAUUCUUGAUUUAACGGCGUGGAAUAAUUUUUAAUUUAUUAUUACAUCUUGAAGUGAGAAUUCAAGAUGUUUUGUUAGUAACCGCAAGGCCCGGAUUCUAUCUAUUUGUAGCCUUGGAGCCAAAUUUUUAAAAAAAUUUUUUUUAUUACAAUCAAAAUAAAAAUAAAACUUCAGUUCCUCCAA